CGCCGAAGAAGAGCUUUCUUUUCCGUGGUGAAAGAACCCGUAAGAGAAACGGAAAACAAAACAGCACGUAGGCCUCAAAUGAAUUCAAACACCUACGUGAUCAUCUCAAAGUAAAAUCAUCGUUACUAGUUCGGCGUGUACCACAGUGGCGUGUUUCGCCGUGGUGCUUUGAUAUUCUGCUCGUAUCUAUUAGGUCUUCAAUCCGUGACUGAAUUCCUCGCAGAUAUAGUUGCCACAAAGUGCACACCAAUGAGUGCUGUAUUCUCCUCGAGCUGGGCCCAGCGCCAUGCCUGAUCGUGACAGCUCCUACCUGUCAGGUGGCGGUGGGAGUGGUAGCAAUCUAAGUGAAGAGGGAGGAUUGGGCUCUGCUUGCGCUAUAGAUUGCAGAGUAGGUUCAGAAGGGGGUGUUGGAAGCAUGGACGGGGGAGGCUCACUCGGCAAUGGCAUUAGUUUUGGCCUUGGGGGAGGUGCAAUGUUAAACUCUGGAUUAAUGCUAGAUGGGGUGUGCAGGGAUUUUAUUCGUAAUGUUUGUAAGAGAGGCAAACGUUGUCGCUUUAAGCAUCCCGAUUUUAAUGAGGUGCCAGACUUAGGGGUGCAAAAGAAUGAAUUCAUUUUUUGCCACGAUUACCAGAAUAAAGAAUGCUUGCGCAUCAACUGUCGCUUUGUACACGGCACGAAAGAAGAUGAGGAAUAUUACAAGAAAAAUGGGGAGUUGCCACUUGCGCUGAGAGCAAAAGUUGCAGCACGACUUGGCCUCUCACCCACAGAUCUGCCGCAUAGUAGAGGGGAGGUCCCAAUCUGCAGAGACUUUUUGAAAGGGGAGUGCCAGAGGGGCAGUAAGUGUAAAUUUCGUCAUGUCCAAAAAGACUAUGAAUAUGAUCUCACUGGGCUUGGCGUGAGUGGUUUGCUUGGGGCCGCUGCGAGUGUAAUGGUAUCUGCAGGAAGUGGCAUCGGUGCAGCCGGAGUGAGCGGAGGAGCCAGUGUGGGGAUUCCGGGGCUUGUGGGAGGUGUGGCUGGAAAUAAUAUUCUAGGGGUGACCUGCCCAGGCAUGAGUGCUUGCAGAGAUGCAAGCGUCGCAGGAGUAGGCGUCAGCGCAGGAGUGGCGGGCGUCAGUGCGACAGUAGUCGGCGUCAGUGCGGGAGUAGCGGGCGUCAGUGCGGGUGUAGGUACCGUCAGUGCGGGAGUAGGGCCCGUUAGUGCGCCAGUAGUGAGCGUCAGUGCGCCAGUAGUGAGCGUCAGUGCGCCAGCAGGCCCGUCAGGACAGAGGCGUUUCGACAGGGCCCCGAUGUCGGUCUACGAGCCCGUAGUCGAGAGCGGCGUCUUUGACUCGGCUAGCCUGGACAGCCCGCUUGAACAGACCGCCCUCCAGAUCAAGAGGCGGCGCUUGGAAAGCUUGCGACUCGCAGACAGCAGCGUCGGUGGCCACUAUGACCUCGGGGUCCAGGCUACCUUGCCCACACGCCCGGUGGAGUACAGGUUGUUGGAGGAGGAAAACAACCUGCUGAGGAAGAGAGUGGAAGAGUUGAAGAAACAGGUUGCCAACCUCAUUUCUACCAAUGACGUUCUCUUGGAGCAGAACGCCCAAUUCCGCGGUCAGGCAACAGUGAUGACAGCCGCCCAGACUGAGCAGACCCUGGUACCUCCAGUGGGUGCGAUCAGCUCGUACAACCACGGCAUCGCCCAGACUCACACCACGCUGAGCAGCACCGGGCUGCAGCCUCGACCCGUCACCCAGCAAGAUCUGGUGGCGUCCACCGGUGCUUCCGCGGCGCCCCCUAACAACGCGGCGCCACCCCCACAUCUGAACCCCGAAAUUACGCCGCUGUCGGCCGCUCUGGUGCAGACCAUCGCCCAGGGGAUGGCGCCUCCAGUUUCUAUGGCACCGGUGGCGGUGUCCGUGGCUCCGGUGGCCGUGUCUAUGUCCAUGACGCAGCCUCUGCCGGGCAUCACCAUGAGCCAUGCCACAACGCCCAUGGUGUCCUAUCCCAUUGCCAGUCAGAGCAUGAGGAUCACCACUCUGCCUCAUAUUACCUGAUAAGUGGUAAUGAUCCGACCCUCAAGCCAAAACAGAUCUUCAAACUGACUGUUUUACGGCUACAUUGACAAAAAAAAAAUGUAACAAUACAUGGAUACAAGUUUCAAAUUGUUCUAUUACGAGAAUAAAGUUCAACUAAUACGAGAAGAACUAAA